AUGGCCAAGCUCUAUUAUCACGCCGGUCAGCGCGGCGAGGCAGAAGCCAUUCGCAUGAUGUUUGUCGAAGCCAACUUGCCCGUGGACGAUGUGGCAGUGACGGAUGCCGAUCUGGCAGCACUGGACGGCGAGGGCAAGCUGCUUUUUGGUGACCUGCCCGUGCUCGAGGUCGACGGCAUGCGCCUUCCCAAGCGACAUGGAGCUCACUUUGCGGUGCACAUCUUCUUCAUCUCAGAGGCUGCAAUUCUCGAGUACAUUGCCAGCAAGGCGGAUGCCAAGAGUGGCGGCAAGGACAACCGCUUUCUGGGAAGUAAUGAGAAUGAGCGAUCUACGGCACGCUCGCUGUGCAGUGCUGCAAAUGAUCUCCGCCGUGAGCUUAUGCGCUUGCUCAAGAACCGCAACAGCGAUGCCGAAAAGGCUUUCAAGAAGGACACGCUGCCUCUGUACUUUGGCAGCUUUGACAAGAUGGCCGUGGCUUCCAACGACGAGGACAAGGGCCUGGGGGAUGGCGUUCAUUUCACCUUUGGAGACCUUGCGGUCUUUGAGGUGGUGAAUGCAAUCACCCAUUAUAUGCAGGUGUCCAUCAUCCGCCCCUACCCCAACCUGAAGGAAUGGCACGACAAGGCCAUUCGUCGCCCAGCCCUCGAAAAGCACAUCCAUGCCCGCCCAGAAGCCACCUGGUCUCGAAUCGGCAAGACCAAGCAGGCGAUUGAUCAAGCGAUGAUGGCGCGCAUCGCCUCGACAACCUUUUCCAUUUCCGUUGUUUCUCUCUCUCUCUCUCUCUCUCUCUCUUUAAUUGAGCAAUGCCAAGCCCCCCUCGCCACUCAAAUUUUACUUUGA